AUGAAGGCCAGCUUCGUUUCGCUGGCUACUGCCCUCUCGCUGGGCGCCUCGCUCGUCCAGGCUGCUCCCUCGACUGCUGGUGUUCAGCAGAAGCGCGACAGCGACAUCACCCCCAUCACCGUGAAGGGUAACGCCUUCUUCCAGGGCGAUGAGCGUUUCUACAUCCGCGGUGUCGACUACCAGCCCGGCGGUUCCUCCAAGCUCGCCGAUCCCAUCGCCGAUGCCGAGGGCUGCAAGCGCGACAUCGAGAAGUUCAAGGACCUCGGCCUGAACACCAUCCGUGUCUACUCCGUCGACAACUCUGCCGACCACGACGAGUGCAUGAACGCCCUGGCUGAGGCCGGUAUCUACCUCGUCCUCGACGUCAACACUCCCAAGUACUCGCUCAACCGCAAGGACCCCCACACCUCUUACAACAGCGACUACCUGCAGUACAUCUUCGCCACCGUCGAGAAGUUUGCCGCCUACGACAACACCCUGGCCUUCUUCUCCGGUAACGAGGUCAUCAACGACGGCCCCUCUUCCAAGUCCGCUCCCUACGUCAAGGCCGUCACCCGUGACCUGCGCUCCUACCUGAAGUCGCGUAACCUCCGUCAGGUUCCCGUCGGUUACUCCGCCGCCGAUAUCAACACCAACCGUCUCGAGAUGGCCGAGUACAUGAACUGCGGUACCGAGGACGAGCGCUCUGACUUCUUCGCCUUCAACGACUACUCCUGGUGCGACCCCUCCUCCUUCACCACCUCUGGCUGGGACCAGAAGGUUAAGAACUUCACUGGCUACGGUAUCCCUCUGUUCCUCUCCGAGUACGGCUGCAACACCAACACCCGCAAGUUCGAGGAGGUCUCCGCCCUGUACUCCACCAAGAUGACUGGUGUCUACUCUGGUGGUCUGGUCUACGAGUACUCCCAGGAGAGCAGCAACUACGGCCUGGUUAAGAUCUCCGGUGAUGAGGUCUCCACCCUCAAGGACUACGAUGCUCUGAAGUCUGCCUUCGACAAGACCGACAACCCUAGCGGCAACGGCCAGUACAACACCACUGGUGGUGCCAGCGCUUGCCCCUCCAAGUCUGCUCCCAACUGGGACGUCGAUGGUGACUCCCUCCCCGCCAUUCCCGACAAGGCCAAGGACUACCUGAAGAACGGUGCUGGCAAGGGUGUUGGCUUCAGCGGCAAGGGCUCCCAGAGCGGCGGUGGUGACACCUCCGACGGCACUGCCACCGCUGGCUCCGGCUCUGGUGUCGCUGCCACUGGUACCGGCUCCAGCGGCUCCUCUGCCACUUCCUCCGGUGCUGCUUUCUCUGUUCGCCCUGCCACCUUCGGCUUCUCCAUGGCCCCCGUCGCCGUCAGCAUGGUGACUGCCUUCUCGACACUUGUCGGUGCUGGCAUGAUUCUUCUGUAA